UCGGCGGAGCUUUAUUGGUAACAGUGCUGCUCUGUCAACUUGACAAGAUUGGAAAAAUGUUUAUUUUCCUUAAAUGUCAUAAUAUGUCAUAAUAUUUGUUGUUUUUUACUGGAUCCUGGAUCGUCGAAUUACAAUUUGAAAAUAUGGAGACUAAAAUGAGAAAUACUUUAUCGGAAGGAUCAAUAACAAGAAAAAAUAUGAAAUGGAAAGAGAUUUUGAAGCAUAGCGAUUUUUAUGAAGAAUUGAACACUGCUGUUGGUUUGGCAAAGCCAAAAAUUGGAACAUAUACCCAUAAAAAUUUGGUCAAUGUUUUAAGAACUAGAGAGAUUGGCAAAACAAGUCCAUAUAAUAAUUUUACUUUUGGAAACAAAUGUAGAAUAUCUUACAAAUUUUUACCAAAUAGGGCAAUUGACUUGGAUAUUUAUGAAGGGAAAGUUUUUUGUGGGAUUUUCAAUAAAGAUGGGUCAAGAUAUUUAACAGCAUCUCAAGAUCGACAUUUAAGAUUAUAUAAGUCUGAUGAUGGAUCUUAUAAAAAACUGGGAACAUUUCAAGCUAAAGAUGUUGGCUGGAGUAUACUUGACGUUGCUUUCAGUCCUGAUCAGAAUUAUUUUGCUUAUUCAACGUGGUCUAGCAACAUCCAUAUGUACCCAGUUAACGGCGACUUGGCAAAAUCGGAAACUUAUCGACUUGUAGAGCAUGGAAGGAGAUUCUGCGUUUUUUCAUUGGCUUUUUCUGGUGAUAAUAAGGAAAUAUUAGCAGCAUCCAAUGAUGGGUGUUUGUAUGUGUAUGAUCGUCAACAAGGUACUAGAGUGGCAAAGGUUAGAGCCCAUCAUUAUGAUGUAAAUUGUGUGACCUAUUCUGAUGAGUCAUCCGAUAUUAUUUAUUCUGCUGGUGAUGAUGGCUUGAUAAAAGUUUGGGACCGAAGAACAUUAAGGGAAAACCUAAGUGUUGGAGUUGGUACUUUGGCCGGUCACUUAGAUGGCAUAACAUUUUUAGAUUCAAAACAGGAUGGAAGAUAUUUAAUAUCUAACAGCAAAGACCAAACUAUAAAGCUUUGGGAUAUAAGAAAAUUCACUAAAGAAGAAGAUGCUCACGCUGCUCUUAUGGCAGUUGAUAUGAUGAAUUGGGAUUAUAGAUGGCAGGAGGUACCACAAAAAUUGGCAUCUUCCAGUUGCAACUUAGAACUUCCAUCUGAUACAUCCGUAAUGACUUAUAGGGGUCACUGUGUUACCAAAACAUUGAUCAGAUGUAGAUUUUCACCUGUAGAAACCACUGGACAACAAUAUAUCUAUACUGGAGGGGGUGCAGGUUGUGUGGUUGUCUACAAUGCUUUGACUGGUGAUAUUGUUCAACAAUAUAAAGCUCAUAUGAAAUGUGUUAGGGAUGUUCAUUGGCAUCCUAAGCGAAUGGAGUUUAUGUCUACUUCCUGGGAUCACAAUGUGAAGAGAUGGAUAUUCAGCAAUGAAGAUAUCAAUUAUGAAGGACCCACGUUAAUCUAUUCCUGCCAUAAUCGCAGUUUUCGAUUAGCCUUCAGUGAUAUUGACGAUAAUAUUGAAGACAAUUACACAUAGCAUUCAAUGUUCAAUUCUUUACGAAGGAGAUGGAUUAGUUCAGUCUUCCCUAGUUUUAUUAUGGGCCAUCGUCAGAACUUAUACUGAAUUAUAAAUAGAAUUGGGAGUUCAUUUAAAUUUUACAACAUUGAAUUAAUUUUAAUUGGAUAUAUUGUAUGGAAAGAUCUCUCAUAUCAGAAUCUUUUUUUAUAUCUGAUACAACAUAUUAAUAUGUUAUUAAAAGAAAGAUUAACUUUUAUUCAUAAUUUUUGAAAUUUUCUCUCGUUUUAUAUGAUUUAAAUUUUUCUUCAAAUUUUUUCAAGUAUUGAACUUAAUGAUCUUUUAAUUCUGUCGUAGAAUUACUAUAAGGCCAAAUGAAGAGUUUCCAUGUAACAACCAUUUCUGUUGUAUCAUUACAAAUACAAAUAUUUAGAGUCAAUACCACCAUUUAACUCUUCCGUUUCUUUAUGUAAAUUAAUUGUACCAUAAAAAGAAAUUUGAUUUUAUAUGUUUGUAUAUAGUCUGUAAAUAAAAAUAUAAUUGAUAUGUAAUGAAGGCAA